AUGCUGUUCUCUCUGGCACCACUUCUCCUCUCUCUGCCCAUUGCGAAUGUAGCCUCCGCACAGCAAGGAAGCGACCCCUACGUACCAAGCCAGGUCAAUUGCACCGCUGACGUUAAGGUCAGGUCGGCAGAUGGGGGUCUCUCGCAGGCCGAAGCAGAGUGGAAAGCUCGUCGUCUUGAAUCAGUCAUAGAUUCUUUGAAGACCUAUCUUCCCCGAACCAACUUGACCGGCUUCAAUGUCACACAGUACCUUUCCAAAUUGAAUGCGACCAAUGCUCCAGUAGUGGGUCUUGCGAUAUCCGGUGGAGGAUCUCAAUCUGGACUUGGUGGCCUAGGCUUAUGGCAAGCUUUUGACGCUCGUUACCCACCAGCUGUCAAGGCUGGGACCGGAGGACUUACGCAGUGCAUUACCUACUUGUCAGGCCUAAGCGGUGGCGGCUUCUUGACAGUGGCCACACUGGCUAGCAACAAUUUCACAUCCAUUGAGAGACUUGGGCAAACUAUCAACUUCACGGAGGACUACGACAUCGGUCCGACCGGUAAUUCCACACAAUACUUUGACGAACUCUUCGAGAAUGCCGGAGCGAAAGCCGAAGCCAACUAUUCUGUCUCAGUCGUUGAUAUUUUUGGUCAGCAGUUCGGCCAGUAUCUGCCUCGGGAAUGGCGCUACCGGUCAUACUCUGACCUGACAGCCCAAAACCACUCAUUCUCUCUUGGGACAGGUCCCAUGCCGAUCAUGACUCUUGCGGAGGUUAUCCCAGGCACAUCCCCGAACAUCGGUGGUAUUCUAUUCCCGGGUCCCAACGCGACCAAUAAGUUCAAUUUGACAAGUUUUGAGAUCACCCCCUUCGAGUUUGGAAGCUGGCUCGGCGGGCGUGUUCAGGCAUUCAUGCCGACGAAGUGGCUCGGGACUUCUAUGAGCAACGGCAUGCCCCAGGCCAAUGAUUCUUGCGUCGUGGGAUUCGACAAGUUCACCUUUGUCCAAGGGUCUACAGCCAAUGCAUUCAAUUUCUGGCUUAUCGAUGCGUGGUACAAUAUCCCGCUCUUCGCAAAGAGGUCCCUCCAAGCACUCAGCUUAUCAAGAAGGCAAAAUCCUUCCAAUACAAUUGUGAUCCCAGAGGACCAGGGGGAUAGCCCGCUUGUGCAGGCAGUUAACGAGACUGCCACCCUGUUCGACCAGACAUUUAACGAGUCGCUGUGGGCCACAUAUCCCAAUCCGUUCCAGGGAUAUAACGGCGCUAAAAAUAAUUUGGCCGACGUGGGUGAAUUGUUACUUGUCGAUGGCAGUGAAACAGGCGAAACAAUCCCUCUGCGACCACUCAUCGUCCCCGAGCGCGAACUUGACUUUAUCAUUGCGUACGAUUCAAGUCUCGACGGAGAGUAUUCGUGGGUAAACGGCACCAAUUUCAUCAACACUGGUCUUUCAGCCGAACUAGGCGGAAUACCAUUCCCCCGGGUCCCGUCAUCACUCACAAUGGUCAAUCUGAACCUCACCCGCUUCCCAACCUUCUUCGGAUGCAACAAGACCUCCGAGCGCGGGUCAAAAGACCCCUUGGUCCUGUACCUCCCGAACACAGCCUGGACACAAUACUCCAACUACAGCUACCUGCAGUCCUCCUUCACCAACAGCCAAUUCGACAUGGUCAUGAACAACUCUUUCAACGCAGCAACCUACGGUAACGGCACCAUCGACGGGACUUGGCCAUCAUGCCUCGCUUGUGCGGUGAUCAAGAAAUCCGUCAUUCGAGCGGGUCUCGAGCUCCCAGACGUCUGCAACGCCUGCUUCCGGCGCCAUUGCUGGAAUGGUGCUGUAGACGAGUCCGCCCUUACGGACGCCAUCCAAGAUCAGUCCCCGAUUCUGGACCCCGGUUUGACCUACGCACAGUGGAAUAAGACCUGGUGGUCGGAGUAG